AUGCUUCCAAUGCCCUACGAAGAAACCAAUGAUCACGUGGUAAUUGAUGGACGGAUGAAUGAGUUUAUCGUGGCAGAUCAGCAGCAGCUCAAGGUGGUGUCUGUUCUUGGAUCUGGAUGUCUGGGUAAAACUACACUUGCCAGAGUGUUGUACAACAGAAUCGCGAUGCAAUUCGAUUGCAGAGCUUUCAUUCGAGUGUCCAAAAAGCCUGAUAUGAAGAGACUUCUCUGUGACUUGUUCUCGCAACUCCACCAGAAGAAGCAGCCACUGCCUGCCAACUGUAAUGAACUUGGCAGCAGCGAUAUUAAUAUCAGCAAACACCUGCAAGAUAAAAGGUACAGUAUGGGAUAUUAUUAA